AUGGCGAAGGAAGAAGAGGAUGAGAAGAAAGCCAAGAAAGGGAAGAAGGGGAAGAAGGCGCCGGAGCCGGAGAAGCCCAAGCGGAGCCUGAAGGGGACUUCGCGGCUGUUCAUGGGCUUCCGAGACCGCACGCCCAAAAUCUCCAAGAAGGGGCAGUUCCGGAGCGCGUCGGCAUUCUUCUGGGGGCUCCACACCGGACCCCAGAAGACCAAACGCAAGAAGAAGGCGCGCACGGUGCUCAAGUCUACGUCGAAGCUCAUGACGCAGAUGCGCGUGGGCAAGAAGAAGCGCGCCAUGAAGGGCAAGAAGCCGUCCUUCAUGGUGAUCCGCUUCCCUGGCCGGCGCGGCUACGGUCGCCUGCGCCCGCGUGCCCAGUCGCUCAGCAAGGCGUCCACGGCCAUCAACUGGCUCACCAAGAAAUUCCUCAUCAAGAAGGCUGAGGAGUCGGGCAGCGCGCAGGCCACACUGGACGCCUGGAUGGACCGCUCCGGCUCCCGCGUGGGCUCGCGCAAGCUGCCCUUCCCGUCGGGCGCCGAGAUCCUGCAGCCUGGGGGUCGCCUGCGCAGGUUCCCGCGUGCCCACAGCAUCUACGAGUCGGGCGAGCCCGUGGGCUUCCUGCCCUUCGAGGACGAGGCCCCGUUCCGGCACUCGGGCUCCCGCAGGUCGCUGUACGGGCUGGAGGGCUUCCAGGACCUGGGCGAGUACUACGACUACCACCGCGAGGGUGAUGACUACUACGACCGGCAGUCGCUGUACCAGUACGAGGAGGAGCCCCACCGGGGCGCCUAUGGCCUCCACGGCCCAGCCUGGCCGCCCUAUGACUACCCGCACGGGUACCCGCCCGAGGACCCCUACGACUACUACGGCCCAGACUACUAUGGGGGCUCCUUCUACUCCAACUACGGCUACCGCUAUGGCUACGACGACUACGAGCCCCCCUACGCGCCCCCGUCGGCGUUAGCGUCUCCCUACGGCUACUACGACGCAUAUGCGGGCGAGGCGCAACUGCACGGCUACUACCAGGACUCCUACGCCCCUUCCAAUGCGCUUUACCCGCCCUACCCGCCCUACGACCUGCCCUACCUGGAUCCCUACGCGCCGCCCUACAGCGUCCCCUACGGUGCCUCCCAUGGAGUCCCCUACGCCGAAGGCAUCUAUGGUGGCGGGGACCAGGCCAUCUACCCCCCCGAGGGGCCCUAUCUUCCGCCGGAGCAGCCGGCCUUCGCGUACCCGUGGGUACCGCCGCCCAUCCUGUCGCCUCACAACCCGUACGCCCACCCCAUGGAUGACAUCGCGGAGCUGGAGGAGCCCGAGGAGGCGGGCGGUGAUAGGCAGGGCACCUCCUUCCGCCUGCCCAGCGCCGCCUUCUUCGAGCAGCAGGGCAUGGACAAGCCCGCCAGGUCCAAGUUGUCCCUCAUCCGCAGGUUCCGCCUCUUCCCGCGGCCCCAAGUGAAGCUGUUUGGGAAGGAGAAGUUGGACGUGCCCCUGCCGCCCUCCCUGGACAUCCCUCUGCCCUUGGGAGAUGCGGACGAAGACGAAGAAGAGGAUGAGAUGCCGCCGCUGCCCCCGGUGCCCUACGGCCACCCCUUCUGGGGCUUCCUCACGCCGCGGCAGCGCCGCCUCCAGCGUGCCCUCUCGGCCUUCGGCGCCCCCCGGGGCCUGGGCUUCAGGUCGGACUUCGGACGCCCAGCGCCGCGCCCGGCCACCUCGCUGGCGCGGUUCCUCAAAAAGACUUUGUCGGAAAAGGAGCCUAUCCCGCGGCUGAGGGGCAGCCAGAAGGCCCGGGCGCGAGGCCCAGCGGUCAGGGAGGCGGCCUACAAGCGCUUCGGCUACAAGCUGGCCGGCAUGGACCCCGAGCGGCCCGGCACGCCCAUCGUGCUGCGGAGGGCGCAGGCGCGCGCGCGCAACAACAACAACUCCCGCCGUCCGCCGACGCCGCCGCGAGCCCCAAGCCCCGCCCCCGGCUUGCCGCCCGCCCCAGCCCUCGUCCCCUCCGGCCUGACCCCGCCGGCUUCGCCCUACGACUCGCUCCGCCGGCACCCGCCGCCCUGGGCCGCCCCGGCUCACGUGCCCCUCGCACCCCAGGCCAGCUGGUGGGCCUUGGCCGAGCCCCCGCCCGUGAGCCCCGAGGGGCUCCCUGACCCUCUGGCCUUCCCCGGACCCCGGCUCUCCUUCAGGGGCUCCCGCCGGCGGGACGCGGCCUUCGGCUUCCCCGGGCACUCGCCCCGGCCCUCGCUGAGGAGCCCGCCCCUCCUGGGGUACCGCUCAUCCCUGGGGCCCCGCUCGCCCCUGGGGCCCUUGUCCCCCCAGCCCUCCGUCCGCCCCGGCCCCUUCCGGCCGCCCUUCUCGCCGCCGCCCCGCCGUCCCCGCUCGCUGCGGGAGCCCCUGUCCCCGCGCCGAGCCUCGGGGCGCCCGGGCGCACCCUUGUCGCCGGCUCUGGGCUCCCCGCGGCCGCCCUCGCCGCCCCCUCUGCUGGGCCCCAGCCCACGGAACCGCUCGCUCAACCUGCCCUCGCGCCUCCCGCGCACGUGGCGCAGCCUCAGCGAGCCUCCCACCAGGGCCGUGAAGCCCCGGCCGCGCCAGUCCUUCCCCCUGCCUCCCGGCCCUGGGUCUUGGCGGGCGGCUGCCGCUGCCGCUGCCUCUGCCCCUGCCCCUGAGCACCGCAAGAGCCAGCGCGAGCCCAAGGAUUCGGAGACGCUCUGGACAGUGCCCCCGCUGGCCCCCAGCUGGGACGUGGACAUUCCUGACACCCACCGGCCACCCUCGCCCUGGCCGGGAGGCCCAGGCAGCCUCCGUGGCUUCUCCAGGCCAACCCCUGUACCCCCAAACCCCUUCCUCCAGCACGUGGGCCCAGGGCUAUCCCCUGCUCCCCAGCCUGAAGAUCCAGCCUCUGACUCAACCGGUAUUCUCCUGGGUAGACACCACGACCCAGGGCCUGGACAGCUGACUAAAUCGGCCAACCCGAGCCCCAAGAAGCCUGAAGAAGAGGCCUGUCCGGAGGACCCCCAGCCACCAGCAGAGCCUGAGCCCCCGACCCUGACACCCCCCAAGGAUUCCCCCUCAGAGCGGAAAACACUGAGGCUCAGCUUCUCCUACCCUCUGGCCACCUCUGACCAGAUGAGGGCCACGUGGCCACCAUGGCGCCGCUGGGGGACACUGCCCAGGACCCCAGCCCCCUUGGCGCCCUCUGGGGCCCCAGGACCCCUGCCCAAGGCGGGUGAAUGGCUCCAGGCAAGCCCUGGGCGUUUUGCUGUGGUCAUGCCUCGUGUGCAAAAGCUGAGCUCUUUCCAGCGAGCUUGUCCUGCUACCCUGCAGCCUCCCAUCCAGGAGCCAGAGCCUGGGCCCGGGCUGAGAGCCUGGAGUCUGCUCUGGUCCCGCCUCUGGCUGCCGGUGGAGGCCCAUCAACCCUGCACACGAGUACACGCUCGCCCCCCGUCCUGCCGCCUGGGCCCUGGAGCUGCCUGCCUGCCCCAAGGGGGCCCUGGGGAAAAGAAUGGCCCCAAAGGCUGGUGGAACAAGAUGCACUCCAUCCGCAACCUGCCGUCCACACGGUUCCGUGAGCAGCACCGGGAGGAUGGCGUGGAGGACAUGACGCAGCUGGAAGAUCUCCAGGAGACCACUGUGCUGGCCAACCUCAAGACCAGAUUUGAACGGAACCUCAUCUACACGUACAUCGGCAGCAUCCUGGUGUCGGUGAACCCGUACCGGAUGUUUGGGAUCUACGGGCUGGAGCAGGUGCAGCAGUACAGUGGGCGGGCUCUGGCUGAGAAUUCCCCGCACCUCUUUGCAAUUGCAAAUCUCGCCUUCGCCAAAAUGCUUGAUGCCAAACAGAGCCAGUGCAUAAUCAUCAGCGGAGAGAGCGGCUCUGGAAAAACUGAGGCCACGAAGCUGAUUCUGCGCUACCUGGCGGCCAUGAACCAGAAACGGGGCAUCACACGGCAGAUAAAGAUCCUGGAGGCCACACCCCUCCUGGAGUCCUUCGGUAACGCCAAAACUGUCAGGAAUGACAACUCCAGCCGCUUUGGAAAGUUUGUGGAGAUCUUUCUGGAAGGGGGCAUGAUUUCUGGUGCCAUAACCUCGCAGUACCUGCUGGAGAAAUCCAGGAUCGUGUUUCAGGCCAAAAACGAGAGGAACUACCACAUCUUCUAUGAGCUGCUGGCUGGGCUGCCCGCCCAGCUCCGGCAGGCCUUCAGCCUGCAGGAGGCCGAGACCUACUACUACCUGAACCAGGGUGGGAACUGUGAGAUCUCAGGGAAGAGCGACGCGGACGACUUCCGCCGGCUGCUGGCCGCCAUGGAGGUGCUGGGCUUCAGCGCCGAGGACCAGGACAGCAUCUUCCGCAUCCUGGCCUCCAUCCUGCACCUGGGCAACGUCUACUUUGAGAAGUAUGAGACGGACGCACAGGAGGUUGCCUCGGUGGUGAGCGCCCGGGAGAUCCAGGCCGUGGCCGAGCUGCUGCAGGUCUCCCCCGAGGGCCUGCAGAAGGCCAUCACCUUCAAAGUGACCGAGACAAUGCGAGAGAAGAUCUUCACCCCCCUGACUGUGGAGAGCGCUGUGGAUGCCAGGGAUGCCAUCGCCAAGGUCCUGUACGCGCUGCUGUUUGGCUGGCUCAUCACCAGGGUCAACGCGCUGGUGUCCCCGCAGCAGGACGCGCUGUCCAUUGCCAUCCUGGACAUCUAUGGCUUCGAGGACCUGAGCUUCAACAGCUUCGAGCAGCUGUGCAUCAACUAUGCAAACGAGAGCCUCCAGUACCUCUUCAACAAGAUUGUCUUCCAGGAGGAACAGGAGGAGUACAUCCGCGAGCAGAUCGACUGGCAGGAGAUCGCCUUCGCCGACAAUCAGCCCUGCAUCAACCUCAUCUCGCUGAAGCCCUACGGCAUUCUGCGCAUCCUCGACGACCAGUGCUGCUUCCCCCAGGCCACAGACCACACGUUUCUGCAGAAGUGCCAUUACCACCACGGCGCCAACCCACUCUACUCCAAACCCAAGAUGCCACUGCCCGAGUUCACCAUCAAGCACUAUGCGGGCAGAGUCACCUACCAGGUGCACAAGUUCCUGGACAAGAACCAUGACCAGGUGCGCCAGGAUGUGCUGGACCUGUUUGUGCGGAGCCGGACACGGGUGGUGGCACACCUCUUCUCCAGCCAUGCCCCGCAGGCUGCCCCUCAGCGCCUGGGCAAGAGCAGCUCUGUCACCCGGCUCUACAAGGCGCACACGGUGGCUGCUAAGUUCCAGCAGUCGCUCCUGGAUCUGGUGGAAAAGAUGGAGAGGUGUAACCCCUUGUUCGUCAGGUGCCUGAAGCCCAACCACAAGAAGGAGCCAGGCCUCUUUGAGCCAGAUGUGGUGAUGGCCCAGCUACGCUAUUCGGGGGUGCUGGAGACUGUGCGGAUCCGCAAGGAGGGCUUUCCGGUGCGGCUGCCCUUCCAGAUGUUCAUCGACAGGUACCGCUGUCUAGUGACCCUCCAGCACAACCUGCCAGCCAGUGGGGACAUGUGUGUGUCCGUGCUGAGCCGCCUGUGCACGGUCACGCCAAACAUGUACCGCGUCGGCGUCAGCAAGCUGUUCCUGAAGGAGCACCUGCACCAGCUGCUGGAGGGCAUGCGGGAGCGCGUCCUGAACCUGGCAGCCCUCACGCUGCAGCGCUGCCUCCGCGGCUUCUUCAUUCAGCGGCGUUUCCGCUCCCUGCGCCGCAAGAUCAUCUUGCUGCAGAGCCGGGCCCGUGGCUACCUGGCCAGGCAGCGGUAUCAGCAGAUGAGGAGGCGUCUGGUGAAGUUCCGGGCCCUGGUGCACACGUGCACAAGCCACCGGCGUCACCUCAAGGUGCUGCAGGCCUGCCCCUUGCCCUCCUCCCAGGAGCCGGGCCUGCCCCGUCGGGCUCCGGCGGGGGCAGCAGGAACAGGGAGGAAGCACUUGGCCCCCAGGCAGAGACUGCUGCCAAGGGCGGAGCGGAGGUUCUGGGUAGCGGAGGCGUGGCUACGGGGGCAGGAGGAGCUGAGCAAGCGGCAGGUGGUGGCCGUGGGGCACCUGGAGGUCCCGGUGGAGCUGGCUGGGCUCUUGCGAGCAGUGGCGGGCCUCAGGACGGGCCAGGUGCCCCGGGUGGCCCCCGUGCGGACUCCCCGGCUUCAGGCUGAGCCCCGGGUCACGCUGCCCCUGGAUAUCAACAACUACCCCAUGGCCAAGUUUGUCCGGUGCCACUUCAAGGAACCUGCCUUCGGGAUGCUGACAGCGCCCCUGAGGACGCCUCUCACACGGCUGCCAGCGGAGUAUCAUGCAGAGGCCGUGGGCAUCUUCAAGCUGAUCCUGCGUUUCAUGGGUGACCCCCAGCUGCACGGAGCCCGGGACCACGUCUUCGGGAACUACAUCGUGCAGAAAGGGCUGGCGGUGCCCGAGCUGCGGGAUGAGAUCCUGGCGCAGCUGGCCAACCAGGUGUGGCGCAACCCCAGUGCCCACAACGCUGAGCGGGGCUGGCUCCUGCUGGCCGCCUGCCUCGGCGGCUUUGCGCCUUCCCCGCGCCUCGACAAGUACCUGCUCAAGUUUGUGUCUGACUAUGGGCGGAAUGGCUUCCAGGCUGUGUGUCAACAUCGCCUCAUGCAGGCCAUGGGCCAGGCCCAACAGCAGGGUUCUGGCGCUGCCCGCACCUUCCCUCCGACCCAGCUCGAGUGGACAGCAACCCAGGAGAAGGCCGGAAUGGCGCUGGACGUGGGCUGCUUCAACGGUGACCAGUUCUCCUGCCCAGUGCACUCCUGGAGUACGGGGGAAGAGGUGGCUGGAGACAUUCUGAGGCACAGGGGGCUGGCCGACGGCUGGCGGGGCUGGACGGUGGCUAUGAAGAAGGGGGUCCAGUGGGCAGAGCUGGCCGGCCACGACUACGUGCUAGAUCUGGUGUCGGACCUCGAGCUACUCAGGGAGUUCCCGCGACGGAAAGCCUACUUCAUCGUGGGUGCAGAGGGGCCCACGGCUGGCAGGGGAGGUCCCAGGGUGUUUGGAAACAGCUGGGACUCGGACGAGGAUGCGCCCGCUAGGCCCCAGCCCCCGGGGCAUGUGCCCGUCGUGGCCAACUCCGAUGGGUACUGCAGCCACAAUGAGGACGGUACAAAUGGGGAGAUUGAGGCCCAGAGAGGGACAGUGACCCACCAAGACUCAGACAGCCUUGGGGAGCCUGCUGUGCCCCACAGAGGACUGGACUGCUACCUGGAUAGCCUCUUCGACCCCGUGCUGUCCUACGGGGAUGCGGACCUGGAGAAGCCAACAGCCAUUGCCUACCGCAUGAAAGGGGGCGGCCAGCCUGGUGGAGAUGGCAGUAGCGGCAGCAAAGGCGGCCCCCGGAGACCUCCAGAGCCAAAGCCAAAGCCAAUUCCAGGCCUGGACGCCUCCACGUUGGCCCUGCAGCAAGCCUUCAUCCACAAGCAGGCUGUGCUGCUGGCCCGGGAGAUGACCCUGCAGGCCAUGGCGCUCCAGCAGCAGCCCCUGAGUCCCAGCCCAAGGCCAUCACCCCCAGAGAAACCCCUAGCGCCAGAGGCCCGGCCGAAGUUCGUAGGCACUGGACUCCCGGCCAAGCCCGUGCUCUUGCGCUCCGCUCCAAAGCCUGUGGCUCCCGCUCCUCUGGUCAAGGCCCCGAGGCCCCCCACCAAGCCCGUUGCUGCCCCCAUUCUAGCUCAGGGCCGGGCGCCUCCAGAAUCCACUUCGCCCGGCCUAGAGCUGGUCCGGUCCUCGACCCUCAACUCGGAGCACUUCCCGCAGCCCACGCAGCAGAUCAAGGACAUCGUCAGGCAGCACCAGCAGCCGCCCCGGGGAGGCCGGCCCGAGGCCUUCAGGAAGGACGGCGGGAGGGUGUUCGUGAAGCGGCCGGACCCCCACGAGGAGGCCCUGAUGAUCCUGAGGGGGCAGAUGAGCCAUGCAGCGGCGGCACCUGGCGCCCAGGUCCCCAGAGAGGCCGUAGCCCUGGUGAAGCCAGUGACCAGCACACCAAGGCCAUCCGUGGGGCCCACUCCAGUGCUGUCCUCACGGUCCCUGGAGCCGGCCGAGGACCCCGUGCAGACGCGGCUGCACCGCCUCCUCAGCCCCGACUUCUACGGCUACCAGGAUGCCCCCUGGCAGAUCUUCCUGCGCAAAGAGGUGUUCUACCCCAAGGACAGCUACAGCCACCCUGUGCAGCUGGACCUGCUGUUCCGCCAGAUCCUGCACGACACGCUCUCCGAGGCCUGCCUGCGCAUCUCUGCGGAGGAGAGGCUCCAGAUGAAAGCCCUGUUUGCCCAGAAGCAGCUGGACACACAAAGGCCCUUGGUGACAGAGAGUGUGAAGCGGGCCGUGGUCAGCAUUGCACGCGACAGCUGGGAGGUCUAUUUCUCCCGCCUCUUCCCUGCCACGGGCAGCGUGGGCACCGGCGUGCAGAUCCUAGCUGUGUCCCACACAGGCAUCAAACUCCUGCGCGUGGUCAAGGGCAGCCACGAGGCCGGUGGGCCGCUUCGGGUCCUGCGCACAUACAGCUUUGCAGAUAUCCUGUUUGUGACCAUCCCCUCCCAGAACAUGCUGGAGUUCAACUUGGCCAGCGAGAAGGUCAUUCUCUUCUCAGCCCGAGCUCACCAGGUCAAGACCCUGGUGGACGACUUCAUCCUGGAGCUGAAGAAGGACUCGGACUACGUGGUUGCUGUGAGGAACUUCCUGCCUGAGGACCCAGCGCUGCUGGCCUUCCACAAGGGCGACAUCAUCCACCUGCAGCCCCUGGAGCCACCUCGAAUGGGCUACAGUGCUGGCUGUGUGGUCGGCAAGAAGGUCGUGUACCUGGAGGAGCUGCGGCGUCGAGGUCCUGACUUCGGUUGGCGAUUUGGGACCAUCCAUGGGCGUGUGGGCCGCUUCCCUUCUGAGCUGGUGCAGCCUGCGGCUGCCCCCGACUUUCUGCAGCUGCCUGCAGAGCCGGGCCGGGGCCGCGCUGCCGCCGUGGCCGCUGCCGUGGCCUCCACUGCCGCUGCCCGGGAGGUGGGCCGCAGGAGGGAGGGUCCCCCAGUCAGGGCUGGCUCCGCCGACUGUGGGGAGGACGGCCUGGCUCUCCCACCGUACACAAUGCUCGAGUUUGCCCAGAAGUAUUUCCGAGACCCUCAGAGGAGACCCCAGGACGGCCUCAGGCCGAAAUCCAAGGAGGGUCGGGAGUCCAGAACCUUGGAGGACAUGCUUUGCUUCACCAAGACCCCGCUCCAGGACUCCCUCAUUGAGCUCAGCGACAGCAGCCUCAACAAGAUGGCCACAGACAUGUUUCUAGCUGUGAUGCGGUUCAUGGGGGAUGCCUCGCUGAAGGGCCAGAGUGAACUGGACGUGCUUUGCACCCUCCUGAAGCUGUGCAGGGACCAUGAGGUCAUGCGGGACGAGUGUUACUGCCAAGUUGUGAAGCAGAUCACAGACAACACCAGCACCAAGCCGGACAGCUGCCAGCGAGGCUGGAGGCUGCUGUACAUCGUGGCUGCCUACCGCAGCUGCUCCGAAGUCCUCCAGCCACACCUCGUUCGCUUCCUCCAAGACGUGGGCCGGACCCCGGGCCUGCCCUUCCAGGGGAUUGCUAAGGCCUGUGAGCAGAACCUGCAGAGAACGCUGCGCUUCGGUGGCCGUCUGGAGCUCCCCGGCAGCAUGGAGCUUCGGGCCAUGUUGGCCGGCCGCAGUUCCAAGAGGCAGCUCUUUCUUCUCCCUGGAGGCCUCGAGCGCCAUCUCAAGAUCAAAACAUGCACCGUGGCCCUGGACGUGGUGGAGGAAAUCUGUGCUGAGAUGGCUCUGACCCGCCCCGAGGCCUUUGAUGAGUAUGUCAUCUUUGUUGUCACCAACCGAGGCCAGCACGUGUGCCCGCUCAGCCGCCGCGCCUACAUCCUGGAUGUGGCCUCGGAGAUGGAGCAGGUGGAUGGUGGCUACACGCUGUGGUUCCGGCGUGUGCUCUGGGAUCAGCCGCUCAAGUUCGAGAAUGAGCUCUACGUGACCAUGCACUACAACCAGGUGCUGCCCGAUUACCUGAAGGGCCUGUUCAGCAGCAUGCCGGCCGGCCAGCCCAGCGAGCAGCAGCUGCAGCAGGUGUCCAAGCUGGCCGCGCUGCAGCACCGAGCCAAGGACCACUUCUACCUGCCCAGCACGCGCGAGGCCCAGGAGUACAUCCCGGCCCAGCUCUACCGCACCGUGGCCGGCUCGGCGUGGCUCAGCCUGCUUGGCCAGCACCGGCAGCAGAUGCAGGCACUCAGCCCCCACCAGGCUCGCGCCCAGUUUCUGGGCCUCCUCAGCGCCUCGCCCAUGUUCGGCUCCUCCUUCUUCUUCGUCCAGAGCUGCAGCAACGGCGCGGUGCCCGCCCCCUGCAUCCUUGCGGUCAACCAGAAUGGCCUCAACUUCCUCAGCACCGAGACCCACGAGCUGAUGGUGAAGUUCUCCCUGAAGGAGAUCCAGUCGACGAGGACCCAGCGGCCCACGGCCAGCUCCAGCUACCCAUACGUCGAGAUCGCACUGGGGGAUGUGGCGGCCCAGCGCACCAUGCAGCUGCAGCUGGAGCAGGGCCUGGAGCUGUGUCGCGUGGUGGCCGUGCACGUGGAGAACCUGCUCAGUGCCCGUGAGAAGCGGCUCACACUGCCCCCCAGCGAGAUCACGCUGCUCUGA